UUCAAGUUGACCCCUUUAUCGACCGUCGCGAAUUCGCAUCAUAUCGCUUGGAUUCAAACUACAGAUUCACCCAAUGCCAGUUUGUGCCUAUUCUAUGCGUUCCUAGGAACCUUUUGCAAUCACUACUUUCUCGUAGGACCGGUCGGAGUGGGACCUACAUCCGGUUCAUGGAAGCUAGAGAACAAAAUGAAUGCAUCUAUGGUCUGUGGGAAGCGACCACGUGUAAUUCAAACCAGGGUUCCACCAGAAGAAAGUGAAGACAGUUGUCUCAGUGACAGUGGGGAUAGUGAGGAUGACUGUCCUCCUAAACCAGGUAAUGAAAGCAGCAGUAGUGAGAGUACUGAUAACAGCAGCGAUGAAGACUCUGGAAAUCAUGACGCACUUCCAGGCACCAGUGCUGCUGCUGCAAGAGGGAAAUCAGCUGCUGCUACUACAAGCAGAAAAAAACAAAAGGUAGCAUGGAAGACAGUGAAGCAAGAGAACUCUGCAAAAGACGUUCCAGUGUGGCAAGGUGCUCUUCCAGAUUUUGAUGCAAUCAGUCUGCCCAUUGAUUACUUCAGAGACUUUGUUGAUGCUGAUCUUUUGGAUAGUAUUGUGGAACACAGCAACCUGUAUUGCGCACAACAAAAUCCAACACAUGCGCUCAAAUUGGAUCCGAAUGAAUUGGAGCAGUUUAUUGGUACUGUAGUGUACAUGAGUGUUUUUCAUUUACCGAGGUCAAGAAUGUACUGGUCCAGUGAAUGUCGAGUUUCGCAGGUGGCUGACAUAAUGUCCCGAAGCAGAUGGGAAGAAAUAAAACAUUUCAUCCAUUUCUGUGAUAACAUGGCACCCAACAACGGUGAUAAGCUUUUCAAAGUCAGGUCACUUAUUGAUUCACUUCUCCCCAAAUUUCAGGCUCUGCCACAAGAUCAGAUGUUGUCUAUUGAUGAGCAAAUGGUGCCAUUCAAAGGCAGAUCAAGCCUGAAGCAAUAUAUCCCCAAGAAGCCCUACAAAUGGGGAUACAAAAUCUUUGUGCUUUGUGACACAAAAGGCCUGGUGCAUUCAUUUGACAUAUUUUCAGGAAAAACUGAUCCUGCACCAGGACAACCAGACAUUGGGGAAAGUGGAAACGUUGUGCUAAAGCUUGCACGAGUCAUCCACGGUACUGUCAAUCACCUGCUGUACUUUGACGAGUGGUUUUCCUCCUUGGAUUUGUUUGUUGCUCUUGCAAACAAGGGGAUACCAGCUCUUGGGACUGUGAGGGAAAAUUGCCUGCAAGGUUGCACUUUCAGCACAGACACAGAGAUGAAGAAGAAGGGAAGAGGGACAUUUGAAGAGCAAGAGGCCGUUGUAGACGGUGUGGAAGUAAGAGCAGUCAAAUGGUUUGACAACAGAGGGGUGGUUGUUGCCAGCACUUUUGCCAGCGCUCAGCCUGUUUCCAGCGUAGAAAAAUGGGAUAGAAGGUUGAAACAGAAUGUGUCUGUGGAAUGCCCAAGUAUCAUCAGCUUGUACAACAAGUUUGUGGGCGGCGUUGAUGCUCUUGAUGCACUGAUUGCACAGUACCGCAUCCACAUAAGGUCAAAAAAGUACUAUCACAGGUUAUUUUUUCACUUUGUGGAUAUGGUGAUUGUCAACAGCUGGUUGUUGUAUCGGCGUGAUUGUGAGUCACUCUGUGUUCCAAGAAAGCUGCAGAAGGAUUUGCUUGCUUUCAGGAUAUCCAUUGCAAGGGCACUCUGCAUGCAAGGCAAGGAUCUGUCAAGGAAGAGGGGGCCACCUUCACUGGAUGUUGAACGUGAGUUUGAAAAGAAGAAACAUCGAGGUCCAGCUAAAGCUAUUCCCACACAGGAGGUGCGUUCAGACGCUGUGGGUCACUGGCCAGUGGUUGAAAGGGAGCGGCAACGCUGCAAACACCCGAAAUGUAAAGGGCAGACUGUCUUUAAAUGCUCAAAGUGCAAUGUCCAUCUGUGCCUCAACAAGAACCACAACUGCUUUCGUGAAUUCCAUGAGUAAGGGCCAAAUGGUCCAAUCUGGCCCGCUGGAUGACUUUUUAAAGGUGUGAGAAAAGUGGACGCAGACUGUUUCUAGUUGGUGUUAUAGUGUAAAUAGUUGUAAACAAUUUUGUGGCAUCAAUAAAUAUCUUUAAUUACCAUUAA